AUGGAAGGCAAGGAGCAAGAACAUAACAAGGACGAUUCCAACGACGGUCUAAGUAACAUAGACACGAUCCCCUAUGAUCUAACGUUGGAGAUUCUAACUAGAUUGCCCGUAGAAUCUCUAAUAAGGUUCCAAUAUGUUUCCAAGACAUGGUCUUCCAUAAUCCGAAGCAGAAAGUUCAUCAAGUCCGUCGUCUCCAUGUCCUCGAGCACGCCAUCACCACGACUCCUAAUCUCUUUCAGAAACGGUAAACUAACCAACAAGAACGCUGAAAAGCGUUUGUUCUUCUUCACGGCCUCUUCACAAGAGGAGGACUCAUCUUCUUCUUUGGUAGCAAAUUUGGACAUGACACUGUCUUCCAUGGACGCUUAUUACUACAUACGUUGCGCUUCCGUCAAUGGCUUUAUCUCCCUUUCACAUAACGGCCAGUUCAAGAUAUGUAACCCUAGCACAACACAGGUCAUAACCUUACCCGAAAUCCCGGGUGGUGCUGAUUGGAAUUGGAAUUACUCAACUUGUAAAUACUUAGGGUACGAUCCGGUUGAUGAUCAAUAUAAAGCAAUGUGUAAGAAGGUUUCAGAUUCUAAAGAAGAUCAAGAACACAUGGUUUUAACACUCGGAGGUGAUAAAAAGCCUUCAUGGAGACGCAUGGAAGGCACAACACGAGAUUAUUGCCCUUUAACGAAAGGAAUAUGCAUCAAUGGGUUUGUGUACUAUGGCGCUUGGACUCCAAUACGGUUUAUGGAAAGAGUGGUAGUGUGUUUUGAUGUUAGAUCAGAGAAGCUAAGUUUUAUCGAACUACCUUCGAGGAACGGCAUAAAUUGGGAAGGUACUUCGGCUUUGAUAGACUACAAAGGAAAGUUAGCUAACGUAAAUGUCCACUUGUCGCGGGAUGGUGUAUAUUAUGAGUUUGAUAUAUGGGUAUUAGAAAAUGCCAAUGGACAUCAAUGGUCGAUUAAGUCGUGUUCGUUUCUGAGGUCUUGGUGGGAUUAUCUUGGAGACAUUCCAAUGUCUAUUCAAGGAGCCAACAAGAACGGCGAAAUUCUUAUUACCCCGAAGUUCUUGCCACGUGGCGGUGGAUCUUUUUACCUUCUCUACUUUCAUACAAAAUCUAAAAGUGUUAGAAAGGUGCAAGUUGAAGGAGUCGCAGAUGGUGAAGAAUUUAGGCGUCGUUAUGGAAUUGGGAAGAAUGAUAUUGACAAUGAUUUCUUGAUGAUCCUUCAAAUCCUGAAAGAGAUGUCACCCAUGACAGUGGCUGCUCUAUUGAUGAACCCUGUUUUGGCUCCUUCAGAUGUUGCAGAUGUUGCAUCGAGCAAUAAACCCUACAUUCCAAGUCAACAUGUUUGGGUCGAAAGUCGAAACUAG